GCUGGAGACGGAUGCGAUUGCGGCUAGCGCUAGUAUAGAACAAGACGCUGGACGUUACAUUCGAAGAUAUCGACGCGCAGAGGACCAAGCACAGCAGUAGCAACGGCCGUAGCAGCAGCAGCAGCAGCAGCAUCAGCAAUAGCAACGACAUGCAGCAUAUGAAAACAGUGACACGCCUCCAUCCGCUGGGCAUCAUCAACUACUGCCCAGUUAUAACAGCAACCCGUACAUUUAACAGCUAUCGGCUUCGGCCCGGGCCUGCCAACCUGCUCGCAGCACAACAACAUGAGACGAAGAGCAAAUCGCCGAGAGCGCUGCCGGUCGCAGCAACGCCGGCAGCUUUGACGACGAUCAGAAACAUUUCAAAUUCGAUUCCGAAAAUGGCGGACCAAAAGAUGUUGCAGGCAACGCUGAAGGAGAGCGACCCGGAGCUGGCCGAUAUCAUAGUCAAGGAGAAGGAGCGCCAACGGGAGGGCCUCGAGAUGAUUGCCAGCGAGAAUUUCACCUCGUUGGCUGUGCUGGAGAGCUUGAGCUCCUGUCUGACCAACAAAUACUCUGAGGGCUAUCCGGGCAAGCGCUAUUAUGGUGGCAAUCAGUUCAUUGAUCAGAUUGAGAACCUGGCGCGGGCUCGCGGCCUCGAAUUGUUCAAUCUCAACAGCAACGAUUGGGGCGUCAAUGUGCAGCCCUAUUCCGGAUCGCCGGCCAAUCUGGCUGUCUAUACGGGCGUACUGCGUCCACAUGAUCGUAUUAUGGGCCUGGAUCUGCCCGAUGGCGGCCAUUUGACGCACGGCUUCUUCACGCCCAGCAAGAAGAUCUCGGCCACAUCCAUCUUCUUCGAGAGCAUGCCGUACAAGGUGAAUCCGGAGACGGGCCUGAUUGACUACGACAAGCUGGCUGAGGCAGCGCGCACAUUCCGCCCUCAGAUCAUCAUCGCUGGCAUCUCGUGCUAUUCACGCCUGCUCGAUUACGGCCGUUUCCGUAAGAUCUGUGACGAGGUCGGCGCCUAUCUGAUGGCCGACAUGGCGCACGUCGCCGGCUUGGUGGCCGCCGAGCAGAUCCCCUCGCCAUUCGAGUACGCCGACAUCGUGACCACAACGACGCACAAGACGCUGCGCGGUCCACGUGCCGGCGUCAUCUUCUUCCGCAAGGGCGUGCGCAGCACCAAGGCCAACGGCGAGAAGGUCCUCUACGAUUUGGAGGAGCGCAUCAAUCAGGCCGUAUUCCCGGCCCUGCAGGGUGGACCGCACAACAAUGCCAUUGCUGGCAUUGCCACGGCCUUCAAGCAGGCCAAGUCGGCCGAGUUCAAGGAAUACCAGACGCAGGUCAUAAAGAACGCGAAGACACUGUGCAAGGGUCUCGUCGAUCUGGGCUAUACGGUGGCCACCGGCGGCACCGAUGUCCAUCUCGUGCUGGUGGACGUGCGCAAAACCGGACUGACCGGCGCCAAGGCCGAGCUGGUGCUCGAGGAGGUGGGCAUUGCGUGCAACAAGAAUACGGUGCCCGGCGACAAGUCCGCCAUGAAUCCGUCCGGCAUACGCCUGGGCACGCCGGCCCUAACCACUCGCGGCCUCCUCGAGAAGGACAUCGAGCAGGUGGUCGUCUUCAUCGAUGCCGCGCUGAAGAUCGGCUCCGAGGCCGUCAAGGCAGCGGGCAGCCCCAAAAUGGUUGACUUCACCAAGACGCUGGCCGAGAACGCUAGCAUCAAGCAGCAGCUGGAGGAGCUCCACAAAUGCGUCAUCAAAUUCAGCACCACCUUCCCCCUGCCCGGCCACGAUCUGCUCUAAUGGGCACACCAAAAA